UUCAAAAGCAAUGUGGGAUGUGAGGCAAUUCAGAUUUGUACUUUGCGUAUGGGGCAGAUAACAUAAAGCCUUAAAUUUUCUCAUGGCUUCAUCAGUUGUCAGGUGUAUUUGAUAACGCGUUGAUACGUUUUGGACGCGAUACGAACGAAUGACAAGAACGAGGGUGCGCUAAUCGCUUCGCUCCACUGACCAUACUGCAGUAUGGAGCUUCAUACGACGGACGAGCAGAUCUGGUCCAGUCGACGUCCCACCGGAGAAUGGGGUGGUCCACUGGGUAUGCUCGAGCGAAAUGAGUCAGACAUAUCGGUCCACCCGGUGAUACCGACAGCCGACCGUCUUACGGUGGGCACCCCACUACCAGCCUAUGCCUUCUCCAAUCCACGCUUCUUUGCCGGCACGCCAAAUGCGUACAUGACCAGCGUCUUUGGAUACUUGAUGAGCUUUGAACUAGAGGUGUGGUUGGGCCUGCUGGUCUGUUGGCCCUUGGUGAGUGUCUUUAUCUCCAUCAUUGAAAAGGUGCGGUGUCGGGCUCGCUUCAAUGACAUCAUCGUCGAUAACCUCUUCGACAUCCUCGGAAUUAUGAUGUUCGAAGCCAUGAUGCACUCAAGUGGGAAACCAGCUGAUUUCAUCUGA